AUGUCUCGUCUUCUAUCCAUUUCAUUAUUUCUUGCUCUUGGAGCAGCGGUGCAAGGCGGAUCCCAGUCUUGGGACUAUGUCAUUGCCGGAGCUGGCCCUGCCGGUAUCAUUGUCGCCGAGAGAAUCGCUGAAUCCGGGGCCAGUGUAAUACUGCUUGAACGUGGUAAUGCAUCAACCUACGCUUCCGGAGGACGAUCUACUGUAUCUUGGAACAACACCCUCGCUCAAUACGACGUCCCCGGUGUCCGACACUACAUCAAGAACAGCUUCGCCGACAAGAGCGAGUACUGCACAGACACCCCUGGCAAUGCAGGAUGUAUCUUGGGUGGUGGUACCAUGGUCAACCAGCUAGCCUACAUUCCCCCUCAGAACCUUGACUUUGACGACAAGUGGCCUGUCGGCUGGAAGUGGGCCGACGUCGCCGAUGCUGCAGCCAAAGUCCACUCCCGCAAUCCUGGUACUACGAGCCCAUCGGCGGACGGCAUACGCUACGAUCAGACAUCCUACAAUGCAUUCGCACACUUUUUCGACGGCCAGGGCUACACUUCUGUAGAUGCUAUCUUGGAGCCAAACAGCAAGCAGAAUGUCUACAGCCAUGCUCCUUACAACGUCAAGGAUGGUCUUGUUGCCGGUCCUGUUCUGACCUAUCUUCCGCUCGCCCAAGCACUGCCCAACUUCAAACUACAGCUCCACACCAAAGUCAUUCGUGCUGUGAGAGACAGAUCUACCGUGACCGGCGUCGAGGUCGAAGUCAAUGGCCAGCGUCAGAUCAUCAGCCUCAAUCGCGACGGAAGAGUAAUUCUUGCAUCUGGUGUGUUUUCCACCCCUCGUAUCUUGUUCAACAGCGGCAUCGGGCCCAACGACCAACUCCAGACUGUUGCUGGAAGCAAAGCUACAACAAAUGUCACUCUUCCGGCCAGCUCUGACUGGAUCAACCUUCCUGUCGGACAAGGCAUUAAAGACCAUGUCAUUGUCACGCUGAAUUUCAACACCACCGAGCCCGUCGACUUUCUCGAGACUGCAUACUUCGUCAAGCCUUCAUCGAAUGUCACCGACCCUUACAGCCAUGGUAGUGGCAUCUUGACUCAAGGUUAUCAGCGUUUCACCUUGUGGUCUUCUAAUACCACAUCUGAUGGUAGCGUCCGCUUCUUCCAGGGUACAUGCUAUGCAAGCGGCCAGAACUAUGUGUCAAUGAAGCUCUACCUCACUCAUGGCAUCACCUCGAGUGGAACUCUCGGUAUCGAUACGAACGGCAACACUGUGUACACCGUCGAUCCUUACCUGAACACCGCCGAAGACAAGUAUGCCAUCGCUUCUUUCAUUGACAAUCUGCUUGUCCAGACCCGCAAGCCCAACUCAACGCUCAUCUACGCUGGUCCCUCGACCGACACUGGAGCAACACUUUCUAAGGUCUACACUGGUGGCAGUCAUUGGGUGGCGACAGCAAAAAUGGGUACCGAUGAUGGGCGGGUCAACAAUGGAACUUCGGUGGUUGAUCUCAACCUCAAGGUUUAUGGCACAGACAAUCUUUUUGUUGUCGACGCGUCCAUGCAUCCCGAUCUCCCCACCGGAAACUUGCAGGCUACAGUGCAGGUUGCCGCUGAAGCAGCGGCCGUCAAGAUUCUCGCCCUUGCUGGGCAAGGAUCGCCGUCUUCGAGCUCGCUCGCUUCUAGACCUUCUGCUUCAAGCACGGAUACGACGUCCUCUGCCAGCACUUCGACUUCGCCUAGCAUACUCAGUCAGUCAACGUCGUCCGCGGUGUCUACAUUGGUGACUACGGUCGCCUCUACAUCAUCCUCAUCCACCACAUACUCUGCCCCUUCCACUUCGUCCUCUAUCAUUGCUCAGCCCACGAAUCCUACAUGCCCGAAGUCAGAUGGCAUGACAUUUACUGCCAAGAGUGGUGCAGUAUUCAUGAUUGAGUGCUACAUGGAUCGCGCUGGACAUGACAUGGCUUCAGUAGAUGUCCCCACCAACCGCAUCGCAGAUUGUAUUAACAAGUGCGACGCUCUACCCGGAUGUGUAGAUAUCUCCAUGUCUGGUACUGCUUGCUAUAUGAAGAGUGCUAUCGGGGAGAGGGUUGUCAAUAGCAAGUACAUCAGAGGCGCACGCAGAAUUUCAUAG